AUGGGUCGAGAUUGGCUUCACAAGCUUUGCCUCGACUGGAAAACCAUCAAGUUGUUGAAAUCCUCAGAUCCCAGCCAUAGAAACCCUGGCACGACUACACAAGAGAAGCUGAAAAACCUAUUGGAUACGUAUGCAGAGGUUUUUGAAGACAAGCUGGGAACUUUCAAAUCUGCCAAAGCAAGGAUAACCCUCAAAGAAGGUAGUCAACCACAGUUUCGCAAAGCUCGUCAUGUCCCAUAUUCCUUACGACCGAAAGUGGAGGAAGAACUGAAGAGACUUCAGAGCGAAGGUAUUUUGUCGAAAGUAGAGUGGAGUGAUUGGGCGACACCGAUUGUACCAGUGCCGAAACAAGAUGGUUCAGUCCGUAUUUGUGGGGACUUCAAAGGUACUAUUAACCCAACAUUACAAGCAGAACAGUAUCCUCUGCCUCGAAUCGAAGAUAUUUUUGCCCAUUUAGCUGGUGGGAAAAAGUUUUCCAACAUUGACCUCCGCCAAGCUUACCAUCAGAUUGAGUUGGAGGAAGAAUCCAAGAAGUACCUUACAAUUAAUACGUCCAUGGGCUUGUUUCAAUACACUCGAUUGGUGUUUGGUAUUACCUCGGCUCCCAACAUUUGGCAGCGUACCAUGGAUCAGAUUCUGGAAGGAACUUCUGGUAUUAGUUGUAUAUAUCCUAGAUGAUAUGAUUGUGACGGGUAAAAGCGACGCAGAGCAUAUGGCUAACCUGGAGGAGGUCCUUCGACGGCUGCACCACCAUGGGUUAAGGGCCAAUAAAUCGAAGUGUGAGUUCUUCAAAGAAAAGAUCACGUUCUGUGGACACGACAUUAAUAGCGAAGGCCUGCACAAGACCACCCACAAGACAGCUGCAAUGGUGAAUGCCCCUCGCCCCCAGAGUGUUGCAGAGGUACGCUCCUUCCUGGGAUUGGUGAAUUAUUACCACAAAUUCCUGCCAAACCUUGCUACAAUCCUGCAUCCAUUGAACCAAAUGCUGGAAAGUAACUACCAAUGGAACUGGACAGAUCAAUGCGAAGAAGCUUUUUGCAAAGUGAAAGCAAUGAUUGUUUCAGAUCUGGUGCUUACACAUUAUGAUACUAACCUUCCCUUACAACUGGCUUGUGAUGCUUCGCCUGUAGGGAUUGGAGCG